AUGAACGCACAGGCAGCAAGCAACAAGAAUGAUAGCGAAAAGAAGAAGGAAGCGGAUAAGCUCAAGCGCGAGGCCGAGAAGAAAGCACAAGAGCAGGCCAAGAAGGAUCAACUCGAACUGUUCAAACCCGUCCAAGUCCAAAAGGUCGCCUUUGGUGUCGACCCGAAGACCGUGCUGUGCAUUUUCUUCAAGCAAGGCCACUGUGAUAAGGGCCGCAAGUGCAAGUUCUCGCACGACCCCAAUGUCGAGCGCAAGGCUGCCAAGAAGGAUCUGUACACCGAUUCGCGUGAUGUGAAGGCCGAGGAGGAGGAAAAGAAACAGAAGGAUACCAUGGACGACUGGGACGAGGAGAAGCUGCGCAGUGUCGUGCUCAGCAAACACGGAAACCCCCGCACAACCACCGAGAAGGUCUGCAAAUUCUUUAUCGAGGCCGUCGAGAACCAGAAAUACGGAUGGUUCUGGACUUGUCCGAACGGUGGAAACAAGUGCAUGUACAAGCACAGCUUGCCGCCAGGAUUCAUUCUGAAGACCAAGGAGCAGCGAGCGGCAGAGAAGGCCCUGAAGGACAAAUCGCCAUUGAGCACGCUGACCUUGGAAGACUGGCUCGACUCAGAGCGUCACAAGCUGACCGGUACCCUCACACCGGUCAACCCGGAGACAUUCGCCGCGUGGAAGAAGGGCCGUCUGGACAAGAAGGCCGCCGAGUACCAAGCACAGCAGGCCAAGGAUGCGACCGGUCGUACAUUGUUCGAGAGCGGUAACUGGGCUGAGGAGGACAGCGAGCCCGAAGAUGGAGAGGACGAGACGGGCACAUGGAACUUGUCCGUCAUGCGCAGGGAAACCGAGAAGCUGCGUGAGCAGAAGGAAGAGGAGCGUCUUCUCAAGCUCAACGGAGGGGAGCUUCCUCCCACCAUUCCCGAAGCUGUGGGUUGA